AUGGCCUCAUCUCAAAAACAACCCUCCAUGUUGUUCCUCGCUUGUGUCCUCCUCAUGCUCACGCAAGAAAGGCCUUGUCUUGCUUCAUCUCGAAGCUCUUCUCUAGUGGCCCUUGCUGGUGCUAGUAACCAAACGGUAAAUGAGGAAGUGGAGGCACUCCUAACAUGGAAGUCUAAGCUGCACAGCGAGAGUCGUUCUACUUUGUCUUCGUGGAAUGGAAGCAACCCUUGUUCAUGGCGCGGAAUCGAUUGUGAUCCUCUCGGGAGCGUAGCAAGCUUGAACCUUUCAGAUUCUGCCAUACGUGGUAUGCUUCGUCAUCUCAAUUUCUCCCAAUUGCCCAACUUGGUUGCUCUAAAGCUUGCCAAUAACUCACUCUUUGGGAACUUCCCUCCGAGCAUGGCUGAUCUUGCCAAGCUUACUCAUUUGGACUUGUCUCGAAAUAACCUUUCGGGAAACAUUCCAACUCAACUCGGGUCAUUACGAUCUUUACAAGUUCUCGAGCUUUCGUAUAAUAAUUUCACUGGCCCAAUUCCCAAUGAGAUAGGUAGCUUGAGCAACUUGGCCGCCCUAAUCCUUUCACAUAAUAAGCUUUCUGGUUUCAUCCCUAAAGAAAUAGGAAUGCUCAAAUCUCUCAAAUAUCUCUACCUGAUGAACAACCUCAUCACCGGUCCAAUUCCUCCUUCCAUUGGAAACAUGAGCAGCUUGUUGUAUGCAUGGCUUUUCCGUAAUCAACUCGGGGGGUUCAUUCCGAAGGAAAUAGGAAUUUUGGGGUCACUAAAACAACUUGAUUUAUCAAGAAAUUAUCUCAAUGGAUCCAUCCCUACAACUUUAGGAAAUCUCAGUAAUUUGGCAUCUCUUUACCUCUAUGUCAACCAACUUUCUGGCCCCAUACCUUUUGAAGUUGGAGGAAUGAGAUCCCUCGUACAUUUCCAAUUGCAAGUCAAUGAAUUAACCGGUCCGAUCCCGUCAUCCAUAGGGAAUAUGGGCGCUCUAAUUGAAUACAUUCUUCAUGACAAUAAUCUAUCUGGUCCUAUCCCUCAAGAGAUUGGAAAACUAGGACUCCUCAGUCAUCUAAGUCUACAUGUGAAUAAUCUGGGGGGCUUUCUUCCCACCGAGAUGAAUAAUCUCACAUCCCUCACAGUCAUACAGCUAUCUGAUAACAACUUUGUUGGCCAAUUGCCACAAGAAAUAUGCAGCAGCCAAGCUCUUGCCACAUCCCUCUAG